AUGGCUCAUGUCCUGAUUCCAAGGAGUGAAACCGCAUUCAAAAAGGAUAUCUGUGCCCCGCUCGGCUACCUGGCCCAAUGGCAGAACUAUGCUAUCCGCACGUUCGGCCAAGUUGCGACGGGUUCACCGGCUUUCGGCCGCUUGAUCGAGACACUACAAACCCGGCAGGGAUUGGAAAAGGUGAAAUCCUGCCAGCAGUCCGGCACUGCGCUACAUGGAAAAUCAUCGAGCGACAUAGGCAUUCAGGACCUGCUUCGAGGGGAAGUGAACCAAUUGUGGCUCGAGUUCAAGAAGCAGAAAGCUGGUGCAGCCUUGGUCAGCAAGAAGCCCGAAGCAACCAUGAAGGAGGAAGCAAAGGAUGCGCCCACCGGUCAGACACAGACUGAGACGCUCAGCGAUACGGCCACUGCCAGUGGCACAAGCAUCGAGGUGGUCGACCUCUCGAUGACGGUGCUGCCGGAGGAGCCCGAAGAUCCGGUUCAGAAGGCAGCCCGAGAGAAGUCACAUGCCGAGCUGGACCAUGUCUUUAUCCAAACGGACAAGUCUCUCCUCCUGGAGGCAGUCAUUCAAAAGAUGACAAAUUCGUCUCAGAAAGUGUGCUGCAUUAUCGAUGCUCAGACGAGCAGGGCCAAAGUGAGCUUGGACUAUGUGGAGAUAUUCAGAAACUUUGUGGUCGGCCAUGGUCUGACGCGCUACAGCUUCGUGGUGAUAGUCGGUCAGAGGAUUGACCUCCUUCAUGCGGUGCACACCAAAGUAGCAGCUCUUUUUCGAGGGGACCGAGUAUCAAUGAUCCAGAUGACAUCGGGAUCAGUGAUGCAGACUGCCAAGUCGAUGCCAGGCUUCAUGGCUGUGCAAGCUGAUAUGCCAUAUGUGGUGAAUAUCUUGCGGCACAGGGCCACCCCGGCAGAACAGAUCCGCAAGCGCUGCCUUCGACGUGACUGCCCACUUCGUGAUGACACGGACAGGUCGGAGAUGCUUCCGGAAGGAAAAACAGUCCCGGCUAAUCACGAGCUCCCGGAGGACGAUCGGGAAACCGACCCGUUCUCCGUUGAGCCAGCCGAUGAAGGAGCCACAGCCACAUCGGUUCUUGAAGACGACACACCGCCGGGACUUCCCGGCACUGGCAAUGACAAUGAUUCUGGUCCGAGGGAUUACCUCAUAGAUCUCUGGCCUUUUGCCCGGCCGGUCGGCUACUAUGAACAAGUGUUGGAUGAGAUCCUGAAGGCCACGGGCUGUCAGACCAUUCUUGUUAUGUCAGUGUCCGCGCAUCCUGCUCCGUGGAUUGCUGUGCGCAAGCUGCUGCAUGCGGACUGCUUUGUACUGGCAGACCGCUUGCGCCGCCAUUCGAUGGCACACGCAAAGGAAAUUGCCCUGCAAUAUUUUUACCGUGUGGCAUACAAGGACCUUGACAAACGCACAGGACCACGGAAGAGGCUUCUGGGCCAAGCGGACGUACAAGUGAUGAUGAGCCCACACAUCUCGGGGCAACAGAUCAUCGAGUUUUUGGAGGUGCCCGUUGAUUCCUCAGUAGAUCAAGUGCCCACUGACUUGCCAAAGUUUCUCAACGGCCUGGUGGACCGCGAACUGGAAAAGAACAAUCUGUACUUGCAGAGCAAUGAGGGAUGCCUCAGCCUGAAGGCAAAGACGCGCAACAAUUGCGGCAUCGGUGCAAAGUGUGAGGUUCUGGUCAGUUAUGGGUUGGACUAUGAUUUGACUGGUGCCAAGAAACCACGUCUGGAAUCCUUCUUCAAGGCCAAAGUCGAGGGCGAGGGAGUGCAGGAUGUGAAGAUGGAGACCAGGUCGGAGGCGGAAGCCGCUGCCAAGGAGACAGAGGAAACUCCGCAGGAGGAGAAUCCUGGAGCAACACCAACAGGCAACCAGCCAGAACCCGUGGAGGUUCCAGAAAGCAAGCCAGAGCCCCCCACUGCCCCGAGCAAGAAAAGGUCGGACGAGGACGAAGAGAACUUGCAGGAGACGAUUGUCAAGCAUAUCGAUGAUCCACCAUGCGACUUCAUUUUGUUGGAAAACGACACAACCUCAGAGUCAGGCUUCGGUCUCCGAAUUCGGAGUAUGGCCGAUGUGAAUCGGAGGCUGCCGAAGCACUGGCUUGUGACCUCCUACCAACAGGGCAAGCUGAUCCGUGUCAACAAUGAACAGUUUCCGGAGGCAUGUCUGAGGUAUGAGGUGGCGAUGACUGACCUGGUCAUCGAUAUGUCUGUGACACCCAAGACUGUUUGCACGAUGAAGGAGCUGGUGAAGACAAGCGGACAGUUGGUUGCAGAUGGAAACCAUUGCCUCACUGAAUGUGAUCCACUUCACUACAAGCUCGCUGAAGCCAUGCAGGAGUUGACCAGCAUCGGUCUGGCUUGGGGCUUUCAAAAAGCUCAGAACAAGUUGGCCAGCACUAUCGUCACGAUGUUCUGGGAGACGCUGGGGUCGUUUUCAGAGGAGUGGGAACAAAAGUUUCAAUUGGCCGCCGUGGCCGCCGACGACGCGCGGCUGCCGACCAGUCACACCUGCUUCUUCCAGCUGGAUCUGCCCCGCUACUCCAGUCGCAGAGUUUUGGCCGAGCGCUUGCGCUUCGCCAUGGACAGCGACGUCGACGCAAUUCAUUGGGGCUGUGAAGACUACGAGUCCGACCCAGAGCCAGAAGAGGACGAGGGCGAGUUCGCCAACUUGCAGACUGGGCCGGAGGGCGCUCGCAGACGCAGAUCUCGGAAUUGCGGUUUGAGAUGGACUGUUCCUGGUGCCUCGAUCACCCUCUUCUUGGUCUGGGUUUGUCCAAAAUUGGGCGACCGAGACAGCCGCAGCCACUACACGCAGGAGCGAGAUGAGGUCUACUUCCACAGGUCAGCGGACGAGGCCAUGCCGAUUUCAGCUCCUGACCCGCUAGAAGCCGACCUUGAUGCAAUAGUGGAGCUUCCGGGUGUUACUUCGACGACGAGCACGUCCGCGACCUCGACGAACACGUCCGCGACCAGCACCUCGACAUCCACAUCCUCGUCGUCUAGCACCACGUCAACCACCACCACUGUUAUCGUGCAGAUGUAUCAACCGAAAGAAGUAGCUCUCCCCGCUGCUCUGGGAACUGUUUUGGGCACAGCUCUGGCUGUCUCCUUGGGGGUAGGACUGGGCUUAUCUGGCGGACUUGGGAUCUACUUCGCUUUGGGCAGCCUCACAGUGAGUGUGCCCGAUGCCAGCUCUUUCAGUCAGAAUGCCCAGGCCAUCCAGGCGGUAAAGCGAACGCUCGCGAGGAUGGCUGGUGAGGAAGUGGAUGAAACAGCAGUGGAACUGGUUCUGCCGUGUGCUCCCGGCCCAUUCUUUGCGGCUUACUCUGCCGGUGCUUUGCGUCGGAGACUGCAGGAGACCAUCAACAUUUGCUUUAACAUUCGGGUUGAGGGCGAAGACAACAGCAUCCGAGUAUGCCAGCGCCUUUCGGAAUUUGGACCAGGUGCUGCUGAUCGGUUUCUGGGGGCCGAAUAUCCCGGCGGAAAUGCCCACGUGAUCAAUUGGACCGCUGCGCCGAACCCGUUCGCAGCCAAUCCCAACUUGAACAUCGGAGUGCCCCCAGGCUUCAACCCCUCUGAAACGGGUGUCGCACUGGGUUAG